AUGUCGACUCAAACUCUUCCUGAGGAGCAGAACGCUCUGCUCAUCACCGCCAAAGGUGCGCGUAUGACGCUCGGCAAGCGUCAUGUCCCCAAGCCUGGUGCUGGCCAGGUUAUCGUUCACAACAUCGCGGCAGCCCUGAACCCUGUAGACUGGUUUGUACAAAAGACGGGUUUCUUCAUCAAGGGCGAGGACCUCCCGGUCGUGAUUGGGAACGACGGCGCAGGCGAAGUGUGCGCACUCGGCGAGGGCGUACAAGGCUGGAACAUCGGCGACAAAGUGUUUUAUCAGUGCCACAUGGAGAGCGACCGUUCGGCUUUCCAGGAGUACACCCUUGUAGACGCAGCGCGCAUGGCGCGUAUUCCUUCCAACAUCACUCCUGAGCAGGCCGCUACGAUCCCGCUUGGGCUGGCUACCGCAGCGCUCGGCAUCUACCAGACGAAGAAGAGUGGCACCAUAUACAGCGGCUUCGACGUUGGCGGUGCAGGCAUCACCCCGCCGUGGCUACCGGGCGGGAUGGGCAAGUACGCUGGGCAUGCUGCAGUCGUCAUUAGUGGCGCAAGCUCAGUUGGACAGUUUGCGACGCAAUUGCUCAAGGCAUCGGGCUUCAGCCCGAUCAUUGUCACCGCGUCCGCGCACAACGAGGAUUACUGCAAGGCCGCGGGCGCGACUCACGUUAUCGACUACAAGUCCACGCCCUACGAGCAGCUUCCUGCAGCUGUCAAGGCCAUCGUAGGCGAUACCCCCGUCGGCUUCAUCUACGACGCCUGCGCUCAAGGUACCCAGAAGCCCGCUUUCUCCCUGCUUGCGCCGGGCGGAGGCAUGGUCACGGUCUUUACGCCCGAGGUGGGCGAGCGCGGGAAGGACAACGAGCAGGGUCGCAGGGUGGUCUGGGUAUGGGGUGGCGUCAACGAGGAGGCGCACAAAGAGCUGGGCGCGGAGAUGUACGCGAACCUGACGGAGCUGUUGGAGAAGGGGAUCCUGAAGCCGAACAGGGUGAAGUUGCUUGAGGGCGGCUUGAAGGCUAUUCCGGACGGUUGCGACGAGCUUGAGAAGGGUGUUAGCGGGGUGAAGCUUGUCGUUCGCAUUCGGGAUUGA